UCCGAUAUCAAUUGGAUAAGUAUAUAAACAUCUCCUGAUACCUGGACUUCACGAAGCAAAGUACAAGAAGCAAAGGCCAUAGGUACAAGCGCUUGCUAUACUGCAGAGAUGCUACUACUACUACUACUGUCCACAUUUAGUGCGGUAUCAAGUCAAGAUUGCCCACCAUUGGCAGAGGAUGAACACUUUAGCUACGGAGAGACUAAAGGAGACGUGCCUGGUCCUUCGGAUUGGCACAAGAAAUGGGAGGAAUGCGGACAUAGUCACCAGUCCCCAAUUAACAUUGACAAGAGCGAGACCAAACACAGAGAUUUCCCAACUCUGAAAAUGACAUUUGACAAUCCAAGAGGCCUGGUUACUGGAACACUGAAGAACAAUGGUCAUGCUCCGACAUUGGAAAUUGACGAGGACAGAGGAACUGUAAAACUUGAAGGGGGUGGCUUGGAUGGUACUUACACUCUGAAACAGUUUCAUGUUCACUUUGGCUGUAAAAACAAUCGAGGAUCUGAGCACACCGAAAGUGGCAAACGCUAUUCUGGUCAGCUCCAUAUGGUGUUUAAGGAUGCUACUGGUGAGGUGUCCGUUGUUGCGCUGUGGCUCAAGGCCUCUCUUAAAGGUAACAAGAUAUUGGGAAGGUUUGCCAAAUUGUUACCAAAAAUAAUUGAAGUUGGUAAAGAGACAGCAGUGGAUGAGUCGGACAAAAUUCGUCUUAUGGAGCUUAUACCUAAUAAAAAUUAUCAUCAUGGAGACAACGGGAACGGUAACGGUAAUGGUAACGGUAACGGAAACGGCAACGGCAACGGCAACGGAGACGGAAACGGUAACGGUAACGGUAACGGCAACGGUAACGGUAACGGUAACGGUAACGGCAACGGAAACGGAAACGGCAACGGCAAAGGUAACGGUAACGGCAACGGUAACGGUAACGGCAACGGCAACGGCAACGGCAAUGGCAACGGCAAUGGCAAUGGCAAUGGCAAUGGAAACGGAAACGGAAACGGAAACGGAGAUGGAAAUGGAAACGACAACGGGAACGGUUUGCAUAAGUACCCUAAAGAUGAAAAGGUCCUAAUACUGGCAGACUAUUACCACUACAAAGGUUCCCUUACUACUCCUCGCUGCUGUGAAACUGUGAUGUGGUAUGUCUUGAAGCCCAAAGUUCCUAUAUCAAACUAUCAGCUCAAAAAGUUCAGGAAGCUGAAAGGUGAAUACCCAAGAAAUCCUCCCAAAAUGUGUGACAACUACAGACCAUUACAGCCUCUGAACGACCGCACGGUUUGGUUUGUCAAAAACAAGAAAGACUGAUAUGGAACGUCUCUGUUUAACAAGGUCUGGAUUGACUGACAUUGACCACCUGACAUUGAUCACCUGAAAUGUACCUUGCUACGACCAAUCGCUUUUACUUACUUAACCUGCACGGAAAUUUUUAGCAUUUACACGAUUGAAUCAAGGGAAGACGGGGGUAAGACAUUUCUGUUUUUGCGCGUAGUCCGUUGCUAUAUCAACACUGCUAAAAGGGUAGCUUAGAGAUGGCGGUCUGUUUUUAAGUUUUAUUUUGCCCUUUUCAUCUGUAAUGUUCUUUGCAGACACAACUGUGUCGCAAUGGUUGAAUUUGAAAUAUAGCAUCAAAGUUUCCCUGUACCAAGUCCUUGAAAAAUUCCGACAAAGCAAAAGGAAUUUGUAUUUUAAUUCUUAAACCUUAAAAGCGCCGAAUCACUGUGCUGUUGGGAAGAAAGAUUUUAGCCCACCCUUGUUCUCCUUAGUUAAAUGCUGACGACUGACUUUUAUUCAACUCGUUCCAGACCCUCUUCCAAAGAGGCAUCUCACAACAUAAGAAAUGUAUGUUAUAAGGGGUAGUCGUUAUUUAAUGUCGUUAAGAGAAGAUCUUACAAUAAAAAUGUUUGGUACCAGGUCAGGAGAAACUGGUUUUAUAUGAGAAUAUAAGAGGGAAAAAUAUUUCUCUAUCUUUUACAUAAGGAGUAACAGGAAAACGUGUGUAAAAUUUUGGAAUGAAUAAAUGGUAAUAACAACAUGAAAA